UGAGAGUUACGGAACAAAUAGCUUCUGCAAAAUUCCACUCCAUUCCUUCCCACCUUCAUACUGUAACUCCACUUUACAGUUGACAGUCCUCCCUCUACAAAUGCUUAUACAUCCUUCUCUUUCUCUCUCAUCGUUUCCCGCCACUCGCAAACCCCAAUCUUCUUCUUCUCUAUGCCUCAACCAAUGCCGUUCGUCUCUCCCCUUCUGGUUUCUUCCACUUUUCCCUCAUCCCCGUCAAAUUUCUGGGACCCACCGAUCCGGCAUAUGUGCUGCCAUCGCUGCCGGUGGUGAGCGUGGUGAAGUCGACACCUUCACGGCGAAGUCUGGCUACCUCUUCGAGCUCAGCGACUCGGAGGCGGACUCUCUGGCUGAGUACAGGAUAUCUAAGAUUGCUGCCAUUUAUAGGAGAAAGCCUUUGAUUGUUAUUCGCCGGUUGUUUCAGAUAGGAACUACUUUUGGCAAAUGGUUUGGCCUCCGUCUCAUUGACAGACUGAUGGAGCGGUCUGAUGAAAUGUUUGAGGUUAGAGCUGCAGAACUCAGGAAGAUAUUGGUGGAACUUGGGCCGGCAUAUAUUAAAAUUGCUCAGGCUGUCUCAUCUCGUCCAGAUUUGUUACCACCAUCAUAUGUGGAUGAACUCUCAUUGUUGCAAGAUCGAAUAAGCCCGUUUUCUACGGAAGUUGCUUUCAGUAUGAUAGAACAAGAACUUGGUUUGCCUAUUGAUGAACUUUUUUCAGAGAUUUCACCUAUGCCUGUAGCUGCAGCAUCCCUGGGCCAGGUUUAUCAAGCUAGGCUUCGCCAAAGGAGGCAGGUUGUUGCUGUUAAAGUCCAAAGACCAGGAGUCCAAGCUGCAAUUUCCCUUGACAUGUUAAUAUUACGUUUUCUGGCAGGUUUCAUUAGGAGAGCUGGCAAAUUUAAUACUGAUCUUCAGGCUGUUGUUGAUGAGUGGGCAUCAAGUCUUUUUCGGGAGAUGGACUAUAAGAACGAAGCUAGCAAUGGUCUCAAGUUUAGGGAGUUAUAUGGCUCCAUACAAGAUGUGGUGGUUCCCUUAAUGUAUAUGGAGUACACUACUCGCAAGGUCAUUGUCAUGGAAUGGAUUGAGGGGCAAAAGUUAUCAGAAGUGAAGGAUCUCUACUUGAUUGAGGUGGGGGUCUCCUGCUCAUUCAAUCAACUUCUUGAGUGUGGAUUCUAUCAUGCAGAUCCACACCCUGGCAAUCUUCUCCGUACAUAUGAUGGAAAACUAGCUUAUUUAGAUUUUGGUAUGACAGGUGAAUUUAAACAAGAAUUGCGUGAUGGUUUCAUUGAAGCUUGUCUCCAUCUUGUAAAUCGUGAUUUUGACUCAUUGGCUAAGGACUUUGUCACUCUUGGGCUUCUUCCACCAACUUCUGACAGAGAAGCUGUGACAAAGGCCUUGACAGGUGUCUUCAAAGAUGCUGUCGCCAAAGGAGUUCGCAAUAUCAGCUUUGGAGAUCUUUUAGGAGACUUAGGAACCACCAUGUAUAAAUUCAAAUUCAGGAUUCCUUCUUACUUCUCACUUGUUAUCCGAAGCCUUGCUGUACUCGAAGGAAUUGCUGUUGGUUUUAAUCCUGAAUACAAAGUUUUGGGUAGUACUUACCCUUUCAUUGCUAAAAAAGUACUUACUGGCAGCUCUCCUCAGCUUAAAUCUUCAUUGCAGACUCUUCUUUAUAAGGAUGGCGUGUUCAGAAUAGAUCGUCUAGAGUCCUUGGUAACAGAGUCUCUACGUGCCAAAACAAACAAGGCCAUAGUUAAAAAACAAAGGGACAACAGUGAUUCAAGGAUGGCUGUAAAGGAAGUCCUCUCUUUUACGCUAACGGAGGAGGGUGCAUUUGUGAGGGAAAUCAUUCUUCAAGAAUUGGCGAAAGGUUUGGAUGCACUUGGGCGAGCAACCUUGGAUUCUAUAACUUCUACAGCUGCUACAAAUGUACCGUUCGCUGCUUUCUUUACAUACCCUUUAAUGACUGAUGAAGACAUCAACAACCUCAGAACCUUCCAACGCCUAAUGCUAUUGGUGUUGGGAAGUACAAGAGGUGAAGAUUCUAAUACGGGAAGCAGACAGGCCCAGGUUAGCCCCUACAAGAACCAGCCGGAGGAAGUAUCGCUAGUAUUAAGUCGUCUUGAAUCAAUUCAAGAGAUUCUUCCUGUUCUUACUGUUAUACCAGAGCUUCCAACAGAAUCUCAGCAACAGUUGCUUCAGCUGCCAGCUGACCUAGCUCAGCGGUUGAUAUCCCGUGCCGCAGCAAGAACACUAAGAAGAGUUAUGUUAUGAUACGGUUAAAUCAGGUCGCAUAAAGGAUUUAUGGAGCAUCUGAAAUGGUUUGUGUCUAUGGUCUCGUGACUUCAACAACUGGGAUUUGGGAAAUAAGCAGGACUUGUGACUUGGAGGGCCCUUUGGACGGCGAGCGCUAUAAAGGACACUGUUAAGUCACUUAAAGAUUUUCUGCUUCAACGCUUACAAGAUGUCUAAUGCCUCAAAACCUUUCAUGUCUAGACUAAGAUUUGAGGCCAAAGAUUUUGAUGUAUAAAUAGAGCAUUCAUGUUAUAAAUAUAUAAAUUCUACUGGGUAUUGAAUUUUGGGUUAUAAAUUGGGUAGUAAAAUUUUAUUCAUUGA